AUGCCGCUUCUUAAAUGCUUUACAUGGUGUAGUGGAAGACGUCAUGAUUUAAAGCGUCAACUAGAUGAUGUUGAUGAUUAUGAAAAUGUACAAGGAGAAGAAAGUGACGAAGAAAGGAUAGACUGUGAUGACAAGAAUACAAGUCAUCAUAAUGGAACAAAAAUGGUCUAUUUUGCUUGUGAAACACCACAGCAACGUAUUAUUGACUUACUCCGAUCAAUAAACAAUUCUGUUGAGACGUUUACAAUAGAAAAAGAUUGCGUGGAUUAUAUAAGAUCAAUAAUUAAUAAAGUUUUUCUUAUAAUUGAUGGUUUACCACCGAUGACUUUGAUUGAAGCCAUUGAAUCAUUAAAACAAAUUGAUUCAGUAUUUUUUUAUGCUCCGUAUUCGGAUACAAUUGCUGAAAUAGGAGAACAGGAACACGAUUACCUUAUUAAUUUAUGUGAAACUGAAAAUAGACUUCUACAUAGUCUAAGAAAAUCUCUUGAAGAACUUGAUAAACACACAGUUACACUUAGUAUAUAUAAUAAAAAAGACACAGCAAUACGAGAUCUUUCAAAAGAAACUGGUUCAUAUUUACUUUUUCAAUUAUUCAUACAUUUAUUAAAAAAUAUGCCAAAAACAGCUCAAGCAAAAAAAGAUAUGGUUACAGUUUGUCGAAAUUAUUAUCGUGGAAAUUUAACUGAAUUAAAAAAUAUUGAUGAUUUUGAUCAAACAUAUAAAUCAGUUGAUGCUAUUCCAUGGUUUACCAAAAGAACAUUUGUGGAUAAAUUUAUUAAUAAGGCACUUCGUACAGAAGAUAUUGAAGUAUUGUAUCAAUGUCGUUUUUAUAUAAUGGAUUUAAGUGAACAACUUGAAAUAAAAUUUUUAGAACAAAAAAAAAAACAAAAAGAUGUUCUUAAAAUUUAUCGUGGUUUAAAAUUAAGUCAUGAUGAAUUAGUAAAUUUUCAAAAUAGUAUUGGAAAUUUAAUUGCAACAAAUGAAUAUUUAUUAACAAGUAGUGAACGUUCAGUUGCGUACAAUUUUGCAACAAAAUCUGCUAAGAACGAAGAUGUUGUACGUGCUUUAUUCGAAUACCAUGUUGAUUUAAAUGUUGUUCAAAAAAUUGUUAUUGCUGAUAUUCGAGAAUAUUCAGCAUUUCCAGAAGAAGCUGAAGUUUUAGUUGAUGUCGGAGCAGUAUUUCAAAUUGAUUCUUGUGAGUAUAAUGCCGAAGAUGAUUUAUGGCAUAUUCAAAUGCAUGCAACUGAUCAAGGAGCUGAUUCAGCUGCUGAAUAUGUCGAAUACCAAAAGAAAAAAAUGGCUGAAUCUAAUAUAGGUCUAAUGUUUGGUAAUUUACUUCUUGAAAAUGGUGAAUAUGCUAAAGCAGAAAGAUAUUUUGAUACUAUUCUCAAUUGUUCAAAUCCUAAUGAUGAAGAAAUUGCUUGUAUCUUUUUUAAUUUUGGUCGUACACAUCGAUUAAAAGGUGAUUUUAAUCGUGCAAUAAAAUGUUAUAAUCGUGCAUAUAAUUUACAUAUGAGUGCUCGACCAAAACGUUUAGCGAGUGCCGGAAAAACUUUAAAUGGUCUUGGUGUUGUUUAUAGUGAACAAGGACGACAACUAAGAGCUGAAGAAUUUUUUCAACGAGCUAUGAAAUUAUAUAAAAAAAGUAUUCCAAAAAACCAUGUUGAUGUUGCUGGAACAUUAAUUAAUUUGGGUACUCUAGAUUAUGAUCGACAAGACUAUGAUCAAGCAGCAUUUAAAUAUCUUAAAGCUAAAAAAAUUUAUGAUAGUUCUCUUCCACCAGGUCAUCCAAAUCAUGCAUUACCAAGAGUUAAUUUAGGUAAUGUUUAUUUAGCUACUGAAGAUUAUACAAAAGCUUGUGAAGAAUAUGAAGUAGCGUUGAAAUUACAACAAAUAUCAUUACCAAGUAAUCAUCCAGAAAUAGCUCAUACAUUACAUAAUCUUGCAAUUGUUAAAACACAUCUUGGAAAUGUUGAGCAAGCUAAACAAUGUUUAGAAUGA